AUGGCUGGCACAUGGAAUGGGGCUCAGACUGAUAAGUAUUACUGGACGCAGACACUCAAUGACCUCACUGUAGAAGUACCACUUCGACCUCGUACUAAGGGAAAAGACCUGUGUGUGAGCAUUAAACCGAGCACUGUGGACAUCAAAUAUGAAAGGGAUGAGAGCGCAGUGUUGGCAGGGGAGUUAGACAUGAGUAUCGUACCAUCGGAAAGCUCAUGGCUGAUAGAAGACGGUGACAAGUUGAUAUUAUCACUGGACAAGGCAGUUCACACUUGGUGGAAGUGCGUGUUGCGAGGGGAUGACCAGAUCGACACCAGUAAAGUGGAGUCUACGAAAGCCCUCUCUCAGCUAGAUGACUCAUCCCAAGGAGCAGUACGGAAGAUCCUUUUCGACCAGAAUCAAAAGGCUCAGGGUAAACCUACGAGCGACCAGAUACGAAUGCAGGAGGUCAUGAAGGAUGCUUGGAAUGCCGAGAAUAGUCCUUUUAAAGGCCAGCCCUUCGACCCCAAUCUUAUUCCUGCUCCUACCAAUGCGACUGAGUAA